AAGCUCUGCGAAGGGCUUUUAUGCUCAGAAGCUGAUGAGUGACUUGAUGGAGAACUACUCCAAUGCUCUGCGGCCAGUGGAGGACACUGACAAGGCACUUAACGUCACUUUGCAGAUCACCCUGUCCCAAAUCAAAGACAUGGAUGAACGGAACCAGGUGCUGAUAGCAUACCUGUGGAUCAGACAGACGUGGCAUGACGCAUAUCUGAAGUGGGACAAAGAUGAGUACGAUGGCCUGGAGGUCAUUCGCAUCCCCAGCAGUAUGGUGUGGCGACCCGACAUAGUCCUCUAUAACAAGGCGGACGACGAAGACUCGGGCCCACUGGACACCAACGUGGAGUUGAGAUACAAUGGGGAGAUUAUCUGGGAUGCGCCGGCCAUCACUAAGAGCUCCUGUGUCGUGGACGUCGCUUACUUCCCCUUUGACCAUCAGCAGUGCAAUUUGACCUUCGGAUCAUGGACUUACAAUGGAAAUCAAGUGGACAUCAUCAUGGGGAUGAGCAGCGGCGACCUGUCGGACAUGGUGGAGAACGUGGAGUGGGAGUGCCACGGCAUGCCGGCGGAGAAGAGCGUCAUCAUGUACGGCUGCUGCGCCGACCCGUACCCGGACAUCACGUACACGGUGCUGCUGCAGCGCCGCUCGUCCUUCUUCAUCUUCAACCUGCUGCUGCCCUGCUUCCUCAUCUCCUUCCUGGCGCCGCUCAGCUUCUACCUGCCCGCCGACUCCGGGGAGAAGGUGUCGCUCGGCGUCACCGUGCUGCUCGCCCUCACCGUCUUCCAGCUCAUGGUGGCCGAGAGCAUGCCGCCCGCCGAGAGCAUGCCGCUCAUCGGGAAGUACUACAUUGCAACCAUGACGAUGAUAACAGCGUCCACCUCACUGACCAUCUUCAUCAUGAACAUCCACUUCUGUGGGGCUGAAGCCAAGCCUGUUCCUCAGUGGGCCAAGGUCCUCAUUAUAGACUAUAUGUCCAAGAUCUUCUUUGUGUAUGAAGUAGGGGAGAGCUGUUCCUCCCCGAAGGAGGAGACCCAGGAGGACCACCACCACCACCACACCCACAACCAAAGCCAAACGCGCUACCACAACCGGCUGCACCACAAGCACAAAAACCACCAGCCGCAACAGACUCAGAACAACCAGUCGUGUCCUCAGCCCAACGGCAUACUGAAGGGACCCACGGGGCCAGCACACACGGGUGGAGGACGCUACCUAAAGUCCUGCUCUCGCCCUCUCCCCAACAUCCCCGAGGAGCACAAAGAUCUUCCCAGUUCCAAGCCCCAGGUCUCACAGACCUACGAGGGCUUGGAGUCUAAGAGCUGCCUGAAGGAGGCUCCAACGCCAUGCUGUCCCGAUGAGGAGAAGCCCGCCGCCUUCUCCACCUGUCGCUCCUGCCGAUUCCGCUGUCACCAUGACGGCAGAGACGGAGGGCUGCUCCUGGGGGACAACUCCAAGCUGGUGUACAACGUGGAAUACAUCGCCAACUGUUUUCGUGAGCAGCGGGCCACCAGCAUCAAGGUUGCCGAGUGGAAGAAGGUUGCUAAGGUGAUGGACAGGGUUUUCAUGUGGAUAUUCUUCGCCAUGGUCUUCCUCAUGAGUAUCAUCAUCAUGGGGAAAGCUCCCCAAUGAGCAGUCCAUACAUGUCACUCAUGGAAAAACACUGAAUGUUUUAGUGCCCCUGCAAGCCUAGUUUGUACAAACAAAGCCCCAUACAACAUCUAACCUCAUCUACAUGGUAAGUACAGUGUACCCUCCUAUUGUGCGCUGACACUUGGCACUCUGGCACUCACUUUGUGGAAGCAUAAGUAUUAGCUUUCUGUGCUUACAACUAAAGUGGUGCCACAAAGUCCUUUAGAAUGUCUUUUUUUUUUAAAUAGAUUAUUUCAAUGUCUUGAUUAUUUCCUUAAGCAAUUGUUCUAUUGUUUUCAUGUUCUAUUGCCUUAAUCAUAUUUAUGUUUUGAAUGUUAACUUUGAGUGAGCCUUACAGUACACCUAGAGAUAUAAAAACACCAAAGAUUCUUUCAUUAUUGGCAAA